UUCUCCACCAAAAUUCUUCAUUCUUCUUCCAUUCUAUUCCUUGUUGUGAGGAGAACAUGCCGCAAGUGAUUGCCACCGACGAAGUCGCCGGAGGUAGCCAUGAUUCUGGCCGGAAGUUGCCCCAUAAAGUUGAAUGAAGAAAACAAUCCCUGUGCAAAUCAGCCCACUUGUAUGAGUGAGAAUAAAUGUGGAGCCUAUUCUGGAGAAUACUGAGAUGAAGGUGAUACGUGAACAUGAACAAAUAUACUAUUUAAGUAUAUAAUUUUAUCACAUGGGUUGACCAUACUGUUGUAGUUUAAAAAUUGCUUCCACACUAUUUUAAAUAAUUUUACUCCGAUCGCCUCUUCGUCUUCCUUUUUUCUAACUUCCUCUUUUUUUUAAAAAAAAAAAAAACUUCCCCUAGCUCAUCGUCAAACACAGGCCCCAUAUUGUUAUUGCUCUCAGUGAUUUUUUGUUUUCAUUUUAUCGAGUACUUCUUAAUCUAUCUUUGCGAUGGAGGGUGGAGGUUCCCCGGGGACGAAGAUCUUGGAGAAAUUGUUCUGGUACGCCGCCAGCACAGCUAUAAGUUGCCUCGUGUUGUUCGUCGGCCUCCGGCAUCUUGACCCGAACCGUGAAGCUACAAAUAAGGCCGUCGAACAAAAGAAGGAAAUCGCCAAGCGUCUGGGUCGUCCGUAUAUCAAGACCAAUCCCUAUGAGGAUGUAAUUGCCUGUGAUGUAAUUAAUCCUGACCAUAUAGAUGUGGAGUUUGGUUCUAUUGGCGGACUAGAAGCUAUAAAACAAGCACUAUAUGAGUUGGUGAUUCUUCCUUUACGAAGACCAGAGCUAUUUUCUCAUGGAAAGCUUCUUGGCCCACAGAAGGGUGUGUUGUUAUAUGGGCCUCCGGGAACAGGGAAAACCAUGCUUGCAAAAGCAAUUGCAAAAGAAUCACGAGCUGUCUUCAUUAAUGUUAAGGUUUCAAGUCUUAUGAGCAAGUGGUUUGGUGAUGCUCAAAAAUUAGUGGCUGCUGUAUUUAGCUUGGCAUAUAAACUCCAACCAGCAAUUAUAUUCAUUGAUGAGGUGGAUAGUUUUUUGGGUCAACGGAAGGCCAAUGACAAUGAAGCACUAACUAAUAUGAAGACUGAGUUCAUGACUUUGUGGGAUGGUUUCACCACAGACCAGAGUGCACGGGUGAUGGUACUUGCUGCAACUAAUCGUCCAUCGGAGCUUGACGAAGCAAUCCUUAGGCGUCUUCCACAGGCCUUUGAGAUUGGGAUCCCUGAUCGCCGGGAGAGAGUAGAGAUUCUAAAAGUGAUACUCAAGGGUGAGAAGGUCCAAGAGAACAUUGAUUAUGAACACAUAGCUGGUUUGUGUGAUGGAUACACUGGUUCAGAGCUUCUCGAUCUCUGUAAGAAAGCUGCAUAUUACUCUAUUCGCGAGCUUCUAGAUGAUGAAAGAAAUGGAAAGUCAGGCUCGGGGGGGCCAAGGGCAUUAUCUGAGAAGGAUUUGGAGAAAGUGAUUGCCACAUCAAAGAAUACAAGAACUGCUGCUAGUGAAUACUACUCCCGGUUAAGCUCACAAACAAAAGGAGGAGCGUGGUUGUCCCGGGAGAGAGACCAGGACGAUGAUUAUCAGGCUAAACUCGUAAUCAAUGAGAUCUCGAAGGCUGUUCUCUCCCAAAUUAUUGGCCUGCAGCCCGAUUCUCGCAAUUCUCACGAUUCUUGAAGCGGCAUUUCUCUCGCCAUUUACGCGGUUCGUCUUGCUCUUUUUUUUCCUUAUGUUGUAAAAUUAUUUUACAAACUUCUGCAUCGUGGUUAUUGUGUGAUAGGAUUUAUAGUAAGUUUUGACAGGGACCCAUUUUUAAUUAGCAGCAUUGAGUGACUUGCAAUGCGAAUUAAACAUUAUAUCUGACU